AUGGGGGUCCGGGGCCGCGGCUUUCCUGGGGCGGCCCAGGCGCUGCUGCUGCUGCUGCUGCUGCCGCCGCCGCCGCUGCUGACGGCAGCUGUCCUGCCCAGCCCGGCCCAUGUCCUGGAGCUGGCGGAGGAUGUGGACGAGUGUGCCCAAGGGCUAGAUGACUGCCACACCAAUGCCACAUGUCAGAACACACCUUCCUCUUACAAAUGCUCCUGCAAGCCUGGCUACCAAGGGGAAGGCACACAGUGUGAAGACAUUGAUGAAUGUGAAAACAAACUCAAAGGAGGCUGUGUCCAUGACUGUUUGAACGCUCCAGGCAAUUAUCGCUGUGCAUGUUUUGAUGGCUUCGUGUUGGCUUUUGAUGGUCAUAAUUGUCUUGAUGUGAACGAGUGCCUGAAGAACAAUGGCGGCUGCCAGCACAUCUGUGUCAACCUCAUAGGGAGCUACCAGUGCAGCUGCAAGGAGGGCUUUUUCCUGAGUGACAAUCAGCACACGUGCAUCCCCCGCUCAGAAGAGAGUCUGAGCUGCAUGAAUAAGAAUCAUAGCUGUAGUCACAUCUGCAAGGAGGCUCCGAAGGGCAGAAUAGUCUGCGAGUGCAGGCCUGGUUUUCAGCUGUCCUUGAACCUGAGGGACUGCAUCAUGACUUGUAACCAUGGAAACGGUGGGUGCCAGCACUCCUGUGAGGACACAGCAGAAGGUCCUAAGUGUAGCUGCCAUCCACUUUACAAGAUGGACGUAGAUGAGAGGAGCUGCCUUGAGCCAGAGGGAACUGCCUCGGAGAUGACGAAGAGCAAUGCCACCUCAGAGGUGGACGGGGAUAAACGGGUGAAACGGCAGCUGCUCAUGGAAACGUGUGCUGUCGACAAUGGAGGCUGUGAUCGCACCUGUAAGGAUACCUCGACAGGUGUUCAUUGCAGUUGUCCCAUAGGAUUCACUCUCCAGUUGGAUGGGAAGACCUGUAAAGAUAUUGAUGAGUGCCAGACUCGCAACGGAGGUUGUGAUCAUUUCUGCAAAAACACCGUGGGCAGCUUUGACUGCAGCUGCAAAAAGGGAUUUAAAUUAUUAACAGAUGAGAAGUCUUGCCAAGAUGUGGAUGAAUGCUCUUUGGACAGGACCUGUGAACACAGCUGCAUCAACCACCCUGGCACAUUCACAUGUGCUUGCAACAAAGGCUACACCCUCUAUGGCUUUACCCACUGCGGAGACACUGACGAGUGCAGCAUCGACAAUGGAGGCUGUCAGCAGGUCUGUGUGAACACAGUGGGCAGCUACGAAUGCCGGUGCCACUCUGCAUACAAGCUCCACUGGAAUAAGAAAGACUGUGUGGAAGCGAAGGGGGUCCUGCCCACUGGUGUGUCACCCCACGUGUCCCUGCAUUGCGGUAAGAGUGGUGGAGGAGACAGGUGCUUCCUCAGAUGUCAGUCUGGCGCUUACCUCUCUUCAGGACUGCAAGAGGCCUACUCUGUCACCUGCGGCUCUUCCCCUCCUCUCGGGAACAAACAGCAAAAGUCAAAUGACUCUGCUUUUGGGGAUAUCGCCAUCGUCAGGACAAGUGUAACCUUUAAGCUAAAUGAAGGCAAGUGUAGUUUGCAAAAGGCUGAGCUGUUUCCCGAGGGUCUGCGACCAGCACUACCAGAGAAGCACAGCUCAGUAAAAGAGAGCUUCCACUACGUACACCUUACGUGCAGCUCCAGCAAGCGAGUCCCAGGAGCCCCAGGCCGACCGAGCGCCACUAAGGAAAUGUUUAUCACUGUUGAGUUUGAGCUUGAAACUAACCAAAAGGAGGUGACAGCUUCCUGCGAUCUGAACUGCACCGUGAAGCGAACAGAGAAGAGGCUCCGGAAAGCUAUCCGCACACUCCGGAAGGCUGCCCACAGAGAGCAGUUUCACCUCCAACUCUCAGGCAUGGACCUCGAAGUGGCUAAAAAGUCUCCCAGAGCAUCCGAACGCCAGACAGAGUCCUGUGGAGUUGGCCAGAGCCACGUAGGAAACCACUGUGUCAGUUGCAGGGCUGGGACAUAUUAUGAUGGAUCACAGGAACGCUGCAUUGUCUGUCCAAAUGGAACCUUCCAAAAUGAGGAAGGACAGAUCACAUGUGUACCGUGCCCAAGACCAGAAAACCCUGGGGCCCUGAAGACCCCAGAAGCUUGGAAUGUGUCUGAAUGUGGAGGUCUGUGCCAACCGGGCGAAUAUUCUGCGGAUGGCUUUGCACCCUGCCAGCUCUGUGCCCUGGGCACAUUCCAGCCUGAAGCCGGCCGGACUUCCUGCUUCUCCUGUGGGGGAGGCCUCCCCACCAAACACCUGGGAGCCACUUCCUUCCAGGACUGUGAAACCAGAGUUCAAUGUUCACCUGGACAUUUCUACAACACCACCACUCACCGAUGUAUUCGUUGCCCAGCAGGAACAUACCAACCUGAAUUUGGAAAAAAUAAUUGUGUUUCUUGCCCAGGAAAUACUAUGACUGACUUUGAUGGUUCCACAAACAUAACCCAGUGUAAAAACCGGAGGUGCGGAGGGGAGCUGGGAGACUUCACGGGGUACAUCGAAUCCCCCAACUACCCGGGCAAUUACCCAGCCAACACCGAGUGUACAUGGACCAUCAACCCACCUCCCAAGCGCCGCAUCUUGAUUGUGGUCCCCGAGAUCUUCUUGCCCAUAGAGGACGACUGCGGAGACUACCUGGUGAUGCGGAAAACCUCUUCGUCCAAUUCUGUGACAACAUACGAGACCUGCCAGACCUAUGAACGCCCUAUCGCCUUCACCUCCAGAUCAAAGAAGCUGUGGAUUCAGUUUAAGUCCAAUGAGGGGAACAGUGCCAGAGGAUUCCAGGUCCCGUACGUGACAUAUGAUGAGGAUUACCAGGACCUCAUUGAAGACAUAGUUCGAGAUGGCAGGCUCUAUGCGUCUGAGAACCAUCAGGAAAUACUUAAGGAUAAGAAACUGAUCAAGGCGCUGUUUGAUGUCCUGGCCCACCCCCAGAAUUAUUUCAAGUACACAGCCCAGGAGUCCCGGGAGAUGUUUCCAAGAUCCUUCAUCCGACUGCUACGUUCCAAAGUGUCCAGGUUUUUGAGGCCUUACAAAUGAGUCUGCCCACAGGGCUCUCCGGCCCGAGUUCCGCCUGUGGGCUGGCGGGGUGCAGCUGUCUGCUUCUGCAGCCAGCCUCGUUGGAUACCGCUGCCUCCAGGAGCAGUGACUCGUUAGAUUUUAAUUUUUAUAGAUAAUACAGAUAUUUUGGUAAAUUGAACUUGGUUUUUCUUUCCCAGCAUUGUGGAUGUGGACUGAGAAUGGCUCUGAGUCCCACUCACUUCUCAUGGCUGUAGGCAGAGGUGUUGGAUACGUCAAGGGCUGGCUGAGCUGGACCUCAGUCAGCUCAGGUGAGAUUCACCUGUCCUUCCUGGUUCUCACUCCUCCUCAACAGGGCUGUGAUGGAAAGGAAGCUGCGGAAGGGGCUGCCUUGUCUGAAACUUCAGCUUCCUCCAGCCCAGCCCUCCGUAAGGAAGCCCUGUGCGCCCAGGAGCAGGCUCUGGCCAGGCAGAGCAGGAAAGGAGGAAGGGAGGGAGGGAGAGCCCUUGAGGCACCAUCCCCACACCUGAGACCUGGGAGGACUCCGUGUCUCCACAGCCUUCUCCUCCCGCCUGUGUGACCUACAUUUGAUCCCAGGAGCUCGAGUUCAUUAAAAAAGACUUAAAGCAGC